UGCUGCACAGAGGCAGAGAGAGAAGGGAAGCAGAGAAAGAUGGUCUAACUCUCCCAGAGCAGCAGACUCAUGACAGACGAGGGUAGCAACAGGCUGGGAAGGAGCUCACUAGCAGGUUUGAGGAGAGGCAACCAGGCUCACAAUUUUUCUGCUGUGUGAAUCUGACUGCCCUGGAAUGAAAGGGAAGGAAGGCAUCUGUUCCAUGGUCCACUGAGACGAUUAGACCUUUCAGAAAUCAGCACAGAUCACCCUGGGUAUUCAGGGGCCAUGAAGCUUGAGGAGAAGCUUGAGAAUGGACACGUGGGAGGGACAACGGAGCCUUGUCUCAGUGAGACACCCCAGGCAAAUGGGAAGCCAAGAGCAAACGGGAAAGCUGAGGGCUCCACAAAGCGGGAGGCAAAUGGCAAGAGCUAUGUGCCCAGGAGAAGUCUCAAGGCGUACACCUGGCAGGAGAUCCAGAGACACAACCAGGAGGGUGACCAGUGGCUGGUGAUCAGCCGCAAGGUUUACAAUGUCACCGAGUGGGCGUUCAAGCAUCCAGGUGGGCACCGAGUUCUCAACCACUAUGCUGGGGAAGAUGCCACGGAUGUCUUCAGGGCCAUGCACCUGGACCUGGACAUCGUGAAGCUGUACCUUAAGCCACUGCUCAUUGGAGAGCUCGCCCCAGGAGAGCCCAGCCAGGAGAGAAACAAAAACCCCCAGCUGGUGGAAGAUUUUCAAGAACUUCGCAGGACGCUAGAGGCUAUGAACAUGUUUGACGCCCACCCGGGGUUCUUCUCUCUCCACCUCGCCCAAAUCUUGAUUUUAGAAGUCCUGGCCUGGCUCGUCCUGUGUCAUUUUGGCAAUGGCUGGACUGUUACAAUCUUGGUUUCCUUUCUUCUCACAGUUUCACAGGCUCAGAGCUCAUUUUUGCAGCAUGACAUAGGACACCUUUCCAUAUUUAAGAAGUCCAAGUGGAACCAUCUGAUGCACAAAUUUGUGAUGUGCCACCUCAAGGGACUGUCUGCAAACUGGUGGAAUUACCGACACUUCCAACAUCACGUAAAGCCAAACAUCUACCCCAAAGACCCAGAUAUUGACAUGGGCCCAUUGUUCCUGCUUGGAGAUUACCAACCUGUCAAGUAUGGCAAGAAGAAAAUCAAGUACAUCAACUAUGAAAAGCAGCACCUGUACUUCUACAUGCUUGGGCUCCCCUUGCUCAUGCCUGGGUAUUUCAAUCUGCAAUCCAUGCAAGUGAUGUACCUUCGAAAGUACUGGGUGGACAUUGCAUUUGUCAGCAGCUUUUACAUUCGACAUUUCAUCACAUUUGGCUCUUUCUAUGGAAUUUUCGGAACCGUGUUGCUCAUAUAUGUCGUCAAGUUUCUUGAAAGUCCAUGGAUCGCAUAUGUUACCCAGAUGAGCCACAUACCAAUGAGGAUGAGCAAAGAGGAGAACCGAGACUGGCUCAGCACCCAGGUCUUGGCCACCUGUAAUAUUGAACAGUCUUUUUUCAAUGACUGGUUCACUGGGCACCUGAACUUCCAAAUCGAGCACCAUCUUUUCCCCACCAUGCCACGCCAUAAUUAUCACAAAGUGGCACCACUGGUGAGGUCCCUGUGUGCCAAGCAUGGGCUGCAGUAUGUGAACAAGCCCAUGUUGACAGCAUUUGGAGAUAUCAUCAGGGCUUUGAAGAGAUCUGCUGCCAUUUGGGUGGACGCUUACUAUGAGUGACGUGGCACCGUGCGCCCCAUUGUAUCUCUGAAGGGGGUUGGUGGAUGUACAAGAGCUCUUUGCUGUUUAACUGGGAAUUAACUAGCACCGCUGGCAUACCUGCCGAUGCCAAGAAUGUGAACUCAAGGACACAUGACAAUCUCUUCCCGGAAAGUCAUUGAAAACAAGAAGCAGAAGAAGCACAACAUGACUUUGGCCGGGGUGGCAACAGGGAAGUGGGGCUUCACUCUCUUUAUUUUUUCAUUAUGAUCUUGAACUUAGUCUAUCAGUAGACCUUCCUUAAAUCACCUCCUCCAAAGAGCACAAGUAUGGGAAUCAGGUAAAGCCUUCCCAGAGAAGGUGGACAGAAGAGGAAGUAAAUCAAGAGAGACUCAUCUGAUGGAGUAUUUUGGAAAACAGUGCAAUUGCUCUUAGAAGAAAAGAAUUUAUUUAAGUAAUCCCUGUUGAAGUGCAAAUUUUCAGUUCUUUCUUUUCAAAUAUGUAAACCUCUUUUUCCUUAAAAGUUGAUUGAAAUUAAAAUAUAUUCACA